CCAAAAAUAUUGUGUCGUGUUUCUUCAUUUAGCCAUUUUCAGGUGUAUAAAUAAUGUUCUCCAAAUAAAGGGCAAAGAUAUUACCGUUUUCCUCUCUGUUAAACUUUCCCCAUUUCAAUCUCCUCUCACUUUCUCUCUCCUCACUCACUUUCUCACUCUAGAGCUUCAACUCCAACUUUCAUGGCGUUCAAUUUCAACAGGGCUCCUCUGCAGCCAGCUCUGAAUGUAACUCCUCUUAACAGCAUGCCCUACAUUGAUCCCAUUCCACCACAAGGUAGUGAUAUCCCAUUAGGUCCUGUAGAUAAGGCCAAACCAGCUUUGGUAUAUUUGCCUUCUGAACCUACUGAGGAAGAAUGGGGUCCUAUCUUAUCUGCUACAAAGGGCGGAAUUGGUUUGGGUGGCAGUGCAGCACUUGGACCAAUUGGGCCGGUUCUUGGGAAGUUGGAUAUUAGUGAAAGUGAGGAUUCUUACCUCUUUCGAGUGUCCCUUCCAGGUGUUGCAAAAGAUGAUUUCUCAUGUACUAUGGAUCCUACUGGGCAUGUAACUAUCAAGGGUGUUACUACAACUGGAGAGAAGACUGUCUACAAGAAUUCCUUGAAAUUUGAGAUGCAAUCUCAGAACCUGUGCCCACCAGGUCACUUUACCGUCUCAUUUAAUCUGCCAGGACCUGUUGCUUCGGUACAUCUAUCCGGCCAUUAUGGAAUUGAUGGUGUUUUUGAGGGCAUAGUGAAAAAGAAGAAACCAUCAGCUUGAUGUGUUUGCUGAAUUCUAUGUACAUUCUUUAGUUGUCAAAUCAUAUCAUAGAACAAAUAGAUAGGCAUGACUGCCUAUUCAUUUAUUUAAAUCAUACCAGAAGUUUGCAUUAGAGUCUUCUUAGAGCAACAGAUGGGCCCAUCCCAAUAGACAGCUUAACAAAGGGAGGUUUGAUUGAUCCAUUCUAUCGAAAUUUGCUAUGUACAAGCAACAUUGUUUUGGGUUUUUGCUACCGGUACUACUGGCAAGCAGGAGAUGCAGUCCAUUAUGCGUUUCAAGCUUGCUUGCAGUUCUCAAGCAGACCUUCAUUUUGUUGUGGCUUUUGUACUUGAAUGUUGUAACAGUUCAAGUGAAAACUUAGAAUUAUUAAAGAAUUGGGAUUGGUUAUAUAAUUUUCGGAGUUUUUCCU